GAGAAAGGGAGGCAAGUAACACAAGUAACAAGCCUACAAGCCUACAACCAUGGGCAUGGAUAGGCAUUGGCAUUGCCUUUCUCUCUGCCUGCUUCUUGUCCUCGUAAUACCUAAUGCCUAUGCAGCAAAUGAUGCCCCAGAUUUGAAGAGUAAGCGGCUUUGCAGCCAGUGCUCCAAAUGUGAUUCAAGUAAAUGCCCUGCAAGUGAAGCCUACCCCCAUAUGACAGCAUUUGAUGGCACUCUUAUUGCUGGUGCUUUACAGUCCGACUAUGUGGACUUGAAUGACAAAGGAAUUUACUCAGUGCCAGAUAUCAAAGGUGGCCAAUCAGCAAAACUAAAUGCUUAUUUUGGCUGGAAAUCUACUUCUGGUUCAGCUUCUGGUUAUCACAGGUUUAGCAACUACAUGGACAAAUGUUCAGGUGGACAAACUUACCUCACUGUGGACGAGCAUGGCAAGGUUAGCCUUAGGUUGUUGAGCUCGCUAAAAAACUUGGCAGAGGCUGACUGGAAAUCAUUUAAUCCACCCAAGAAACUAAAUCACCGCGAGUUCCGCUUCUGGGUCUCUCACAGUACAGGAAAAUGCCUCACUGUGUUUGGAGGCAACACAAAGAAACGAACUGUAGGUGUGGCCGAGUGCAAGUUUGAUGGCUCAAACCCAUACCAGCUGUUUGCCUUCCGCUUUCAUUACCACAAAGCCUUCUGUUGUUGCGGUGUUCACAAUGAGUGAUGAAUUAUGUUUUAAAAGAGUCUAAACUCAAAGCUCUCACAAUUCAAAAUAAUGUGGUACAUAUGUGUGUGUCUGUGCGAUUGCUAUACUCAUAGCAAAACUACAUCAUUUCCAUCACAGGGUAUUAGGGUCCAAACCCUUAAAUUUGUGGUGUAUGACUAAAUAUGAAUUUGUAAUAUGUGAGAUAUAUUGACACACAAAGCUAUUUCCUGUAAUAAAAUAUUAAAGAAGUUCCAAACUAUGUGGCUUAGCC